UAAAAAAAUUUAAUCAAAAGUUUCGUCAUUCCAGCAUAUAUUCGUCCUUAGAAUAUUUCAAGUGGUCAAGGUGUCGGUUAAGAAUUUCUUAUUCACUGAUUGCUGCGCAACUUUCAUCCCACCUAAAGAAGAAAAGAAGUUUUCGCGCGAAGGCGUCGAACAAUAUAGCAUGUAGGUAUAUUGUAUACAUAAAUGUACUCAUGGCAUAGAAAUGCAACUACGCAAGAUCUACUACAGCACCUAAUGCGCCGAGAAUUCUUUACUAGGGACUUUCGUAAAUGGGCAACCGGUCGCGUAGCUCACAUGAGAAUUACAAACGUAACGGCGUAAACAGACACGAAGGCAGCCAGUCUGGCUGGUUUCGUUUUCCACGGUAGAAAAGAGAAGCAAAGAAAUCUUCUGUAUACACAGUUUAAAAGCGGCCUGUCAACUUUUCUCUACUAGUUUUUUUAUCUCGUGUUUCUCUUUUUUCUUCUUAUUCUGUGUACACUCUUCGACGAGGAGGUAUGCGACUAACCAUAACGAACGACUCCAAGUGUCCAAACUGGGCGUCCAAGUGAAACUGUGCUAAGAGUCUGUAUUACAGAAGCAACAUGCUGCGAACACGAGGGGACAGAGUAACCGAGAAAAGAUGUAGAAAACGGGUAAAUGAGAAAUAAAGGAGAUGCAAGGAAGGAGGAGAAGAGGGUACGUUCUCUUGGUGGUGGUCGACCGAGUGCAAGGUAAAAUGGACCACUUCACGAAGUGGGGAUCUGGAUUAAAAGCAAACGAGGGCAUCGAGUAAGGCCCAGAACUAUCUCGGACCUUGAAGAGUUAAGGUCAUUACUGCAGUAACGGGUUCUAACGCUUUUGUUUAUGUAACUGGAAUCGGAAUCGCGCCGGCGCCAUUGACGACGAUGAUCGUACCUGGAGGAAUUGUAUGGUUUAUGAUCGGUUUGCUAUUGGAUGGAUCAUUUGCCAAUACAAGGUAUCUCAUCAAGAUCAAUUCCAAUGCCUCGGAUCUAUUUAAGACGAAGCACGAUAAUCUCAGGAUCGUUCAAGAUCCAAUUGCCAUUACGAAAAGUCCUUUAGACCAGUCAAAUACGGAUUUUGAAAAAGAUCAAUCGCAACAGAUUGAUAGCGGGAAAUUUGAAAGAAGACAUUCUUUCGUUGAGUCAUCAACUUUCAAUCCUGAUGUUCUCAAUAAAUUUCUUGAAGAGUAUGCCACCAAGAUCAAAAGUACUACUGACAAAAAUUAUAAGUAUCCCUUUACUGUUGUCAAAGAACCAAUUGAUUCUGUGACUAUGGAGACUCAUGAUUCAACCUCGGAAUUGAUAACUACUAUUGAUCACGAAUCAAAUAAUUCGACCGAAAGUGGAUCGAAUUUAACACUGAAUGAAGAUCAGCUGACUGGAGACUUGAAUGAUACUUGGAAGAGAAACAAGUACUGGUUAAAUGAUCAUCAUGAUGAUAGGAAUGGUUGGGUCACACUGGACGCCAUUCCUUGGUCGAAAAGUAAAAUAUCAAAAUGGCAAGCUAAUUUAAGUACGCAGAGACCAUGGCCCGAGAUGAAACCAUGGGAGAAACCAAAUGGUGGGAAACCAUAUGCCUCGGAUUUUCCAUCUAGACCUACAUACGAGAUCGAAAAACCAUGGUACGAAAAACCCAAACCACACUGGUCGGAAAACGCGGCCAAUGAUAAACCAUGGUACAAACCGGAAAGACCGACAACACGGCCGUCAUACUUUGACGAUAAUAAAUUCAACGUUAAUCCUAGUCAAGCACAAAAAUGGCCACCAGAAAUGCCAUCCGAUUCCUAUAAACCGAGCACUGACAUAAUAACUGAUGAUAGACCAUCGAACUUCCCAAAUAGCUGGGACAGACCUCAGAUAUCGAAACCAGGCUACGCCUACGACAGAUAUUCCGAAAUUAAUCAAGGUGACGACAGGAAUGAUUGGAAAAUCCAUGAUUACAAUUUCCCAUCAAAACAGGCCGAAUUGAAUGGACGACCACCUUAUUAUCCAGAAUCAAAUGGUUUCGAUAGACCAAAUUUUUCUCAAUAUAAAUACACGACCGAACAUCCGCCAUCUCAUCCAUCCAGUGGUGACGGCCAAUGGAUUCUGUUAUCAACCAAUCGUGGAUAUUCGAAAUCACGACAAAGAUCAAUCAAGAUUGAAGCAUUGAAUGGAGAAGGAGUAAAGAUCAUAGAGCCUAGUAAAAAAUUGACAAAGGCCGAUGCUCCCGAUCCAGCCAUUCCCGUUAUGACGUCAAAACGUCAAGUCAGAUUGACUGUCUUGCCAUCUAUCAAUGGUACCAACACUACCACUUCCCAUGGUGGAUUGCUCGAGGUUGAGAAAACUUUCAAGACCGUUGAUCAAAGUCAGAAAGAAUAUGAGAAGCAAAAAGAUCAGACUUCUUUUAUUACCCGAAAACCAGUAAGAAACAACUUGGUGAGACAACCGUCAAAUUCGGCAGUUCUGGCAGCAGUUGGAGCUGGCAUGUUACCGGCUACAAUGGCCAUGGUGAUACCCAUGAUGUUGGGUCGCAAGAGAAGAUCCUUAGGAAGACUUUUUACUGAGAACAGCAUACAAAAUUCUUAUAACCUUGAUAAUGUCGCCUUCAAGGUGAACAACCAAAGAACGAAAUUACUCAGAAUGUAAACGAGAUAGAUUGGGUUUAGGAAGUGACAAAACUGGUUUUCAAAAUUCUGGAAAUCAGUCAGAUCUUUCAUGAUCGUGGAAACGCCUUGAUCAAUGAAAAUACUCAUUGUUCAGUAUGAUUGUCGUAUGUUUUUGUACUUUGCUUCCACUUUUAUUCAUCUAAUUUUCAUCGUUUUAAUUUUAUUUAUUUAUAAGUUUGAUGUUAU